CGAAAGAUUUCAAUAUAAUAACAGUUAGCAUUGCUUCUUAAUAUGGCUAAAGAGUUUCGAUAAAUUUUUAGUUCUUGCGUAGAUUUUGAAUCGAAAGAUAUCAAAAUGAAACUAUCAUUUAUCAUUGAGUUACUGCUCAUAUGUAUCUUAGUGGCAUUCGCUGCUGGUGGAGUUGUGGAAAAGGGUACUGUUGAAAAGCCGAAACAACAGGAAGAAGACCUGCCUGUAAUUGAAGACGUUGAUGAAGUUGUGGAGGAAGAUGAUAUUACUGAUGGUGAUGAGAAUGACGUUGUUCAAGAAGACGUUGAAGAUGUUGUCGACGAAGUGUCGGAUGUGAGUAAUGACAUUGCUGACGCUGCAACAGUUGCACCAUUAGCACCAUCAGCACCAACGACUAAUUCAUCCGGGGUCAAUGAAAACGAUCCGAAUCCAAUCAAUCGAUAUUGCACAUGUUCGGAAUCAACGUGUAAAUGUUGCCGUGAGAUUGGACUGCCUAUUUUGCCUGUUAGAGGGCCAGGCUGUGCUACCAUGCAAUAUUUAGAAGACGAUAAGAUGUUGGUCACUAUUCAAUAUGGAGACUUUGUUAUUGCACAGAGACAAAUAUCAGGCAGACGGGCUACUCCUAUUUGUAUUCCACUACCGGGUGGUUAUUCCCGAUUCUGCGGAAGAGUCUACGGAAUAUCUAGAAAAACUGAAAAUUUCAAAGCAUGUUUGGCGUUAGAACUACGCGCCGAAGAUGAAGUUGAGGCAGCAUUGAGGGUAUCUUGUUUCCAAUUUGGGCCGAAGGGUUUGGCUGUUGCAGAAGCAGAACCGCUUCCACCUGUGAAGGUAGAUGAUGAUGAAGAUGACGACGAUUUGUUCGGACUGGGUGGUGGAAGUGAUGACGAUGACUAUGAUGACGAUGAAGAUGGCGCUGGCGGUGGUGGAGGAGGUCUAGCAGGCUUGCUAGGCGGACUUGGAGGAGGCGGAGGAUUCGGCAGUGGUCUUGUUAGUGGUGUUGCUGGGCUAUUUGGGUUAUAAACAAAUAAUUAACAGUUGCAUAUAAUGUCAGUCAGAGUCUAACUUUAAUGUUAACGGAACUUUCUUGAAUUUCGAUGCAUUUUUUUGGAUGUUUAAAUUCAAGAAUUUUUUUAAACUUAAAUUAGACUCUAAUGAGUUGACUUUUCUAGUUGUCUUAAAUGAUUGGCUGUGGAGUCGACAACAAAUUUACCAAAUUAAUAUUAAGUAAUUUAUUUAUUUAUUAAUUUCUCGUAAUUAAAAAUUGAUCGUAG